ACAAAAUGUGUGGCGACUAAACAUGCUGAAUCGCUCGAGGCAGGAUGUUACAUACUCCCGUCCUGAGAGGUAUCAAGUGCGCUUUUGCGCCUCGUAAUUUUUCAAAUCGUAUUCGCGAAGGGCUGCACUGUCCGCAAAAAAGUGCAUCGGCCAAGCACCUCUACGGCACUCGUCAGAGGAACGUCAGGCCCCUCGCUGAAGUACCUGAGAGCAAACAGGAAAUCGCGGGAAAUAGCCGAUCUAAGGACUUCAAAUCCAUGCCCGUUGAUCCCGGGAUUUUGAACUUUAUCGACUCUGCCAAAUUAGGAAAAAGGCGCCUGCCUAUGCACAGAGGAGCAGCUAAAGGGGUCAAACCUUUGGAUCUUUCUAGAAUCGUCCCGACUGAAGUCGACCAACUUUUUUCCCAUCGCACGGUCAAAUUCCUCGCGGCGGCGAACUCGCCUGGUUCUUUCCCACAAGAUGGACUUCCGGAGAUAUGCUUUAUUGGACGCAGCAACGUUGGUAAGAGCAGCUUACUCAACGCUCUCUGUAACGCCGCCGUUGCGAAGACGUCAGCAAGACCGGGCUUUACUCAGACGCUCAACUGGUUCGUUUUUUGUAACUCCAUGCACCUUGUAGACCUCCCGGGGUACGGCUUCGCCUUUGCCAAUGCAGAAAAGGUGUGCAACUGGAUCGAACUCGUUAAACUAUACCUGUCUUCCAGGUCCUCUCUCAAGAAAUGUAUGGUUCUCAUCGACGCUCGUCAGCCUUUCAAACAAAGUGACCUUGACUUGCUUGACUUUCUGGAACGGGCCUGCCGCAUCCCCUACCAGGUGGUCCUGACCAAGGCGGAUCUUGUCACACCCGCGGACCUGGCGAAAAGAUGGCAGUUGGCUAGAGCGGAAAUGGAAUCGAGAUCUAGAGGAAGCAAGACCGUUCACAUGGUCAGCUCUAAAAAUAAAGCCGGCAUAUCUUACCUGAGGAAAGAAGUAGCCAAUCUCAUCCGUCCAGAACACAAAAAGGAGAUCGCCAAAAGGAUGCGAGCUAAGGACGAAGAGAUCAAAGAAAAAGAGAAAAUUUUGGAGCAAGACAAACUCAAAAGUAGAUCUGUAUUGUUUAAAAAGCUCAAAAAAAUACGCAAACGUCUAAUUGUCUCGCCAAAACCAAGAAAGCGUGUGUCUUAGAUGGAGGUACUGGCGCUUAUGUUGCAGGAAUUCCAUGCUCGCCGUCCAGGCGCUUGAGUCAUCAUCACGCCUGAAUAAAUAGAGAAAGUUUCAUGACAAAAAAACGACACUUUUGAAAAACCUGCCAACGCUUGUGCAAAAACUGCCGAAGUCCUCGAACUUAAACCAACCAGUGCUUUGACGGCAAAAAGAACUGGGACCCUAGGAUUUUUGGUUUAGCUAUCGCGAAGCGCUGCGAUCUGGUUUUGGCCACUCGUCCUCUCUCCGAAUUCGCAACAUAUGAAAUGACAGAGAACCCUGUCGAUCGUGGGUACGAAGCGAGCCGCGCUGACCCGCUUUCCUGCUUCGGUUGCGUAUCGAACCACACACUCUAGUUCAUGACGAAUGUGCAGAGAGAGCGCCUCAGGGACAACGUAGGUUUAGACACGUCUUCGAUCUUGGUACAUUUUCAACAGUUGCGUCUCAGUCCCACGAUCUGAGGCCACUAGAUGCAGGGGUCCCGGGCCACUUUUUUAUCAGAAACUGUCUAGUCAGGACAUUUAGAAAUUUCUUUUUGUAUUUUUCUUCGACUCUUAGUCUGAGUGCCGGUGGGUUGAACUCAUUUAGUUCGAAUUUCUGCAUGAUAGA